UAACUAGUUAUAUCUCUACCAUACUUCCAUCGCUUCUUCCAGUUAUUAUCAAAAUUAAAUCCUCCUCCCAAUCUAGGACUUUUCCCAUCUGCUUCCUAUUUCUCAAUACAUUCUACACAAAACCAAAAAUGCCACGCCUCUCCGACUACCGUCUCCUCUCCUUCGACGUCUACGGCACCCUCGUCGACUGGGAAGCCGGAAUCCUAUCCGCGCUCCAACCAGCCCUCUCGCAAGCCAACGCGAACUACACCCCCGAACAAAUCCUCACCAUGUACCAAGCCCUAGAAAGCGAACAGCAAACAAUCACGCCCGAAAUGCCAUACUCCCAACUCCUAGCUACGAUCUAUCCCCUCCUUGCGCAGAACCUCAACCUACCCCCCGCAACCGAAGCCGACUGUCGCCAAUUCAGCAAUUCAAUAGCCCACUGGCCCGUCUUCCCAGAUACCGUAGACGCCCUGAAACGACUCUCGAAACAAUAUAAACUCGUCGUCCUUUCCAACGUCGACCGCGAUUCAUUCGCCAGGACCAAUGCGGGGAGUUUACAGAAUUUCCCGUUCGAUAUGGUCAUCACCGCGCAGGAUGUGGGGGGUUAUAAGCCUGAUUUGCGCAAUUUCGAAUACAUGCUUGAUGCUGUCAAGAGGGAGUUUGGGGUUGAGAGAGAGCAAGUACUUCAGACGGCGCAGAGCCAGUUUCAUGAUCAUCAGCCUGCGAAGAAGGUGGGGGUGAAGUCGGUGUGGAUCGUGCGGCCGGGGGCGAUUAUGGGGAAUGUAGGGGAGGAGAUUUAUGAUUGGAAGUUUGAUACGUUGGGGGAUAUGGCGGAUGCUGUGGAGAAGGAGAAUAAAUGAAAUAGAUGAGAUUGUUGUUGUGGUUUGAGUGCUUCUUCUUCUUCUCGUGUUGUUGUGAGUAGAUAGUAUUAAGUAGUUGAGAUCCACUUUCCUGUUCAGGUGGUUGUAAGUGUCAGAUAGCAAGAUGAGCUUCUCCGCUACUAUUAUAUCCAGGCUACGUCUAACUACCCUGAGCCAGUAAAUAUGGCAACGCAAAACUCCGCAUUUCGAGAACAAUUGGAUCUUGCCAUCCAGUUCCAAUUCCAAUUACCUUUUAUUUUUACACGUACUUGAAUCCAC